CGGCUGCGACCAGAACCCAUGCCCCCAGGGCUCCAACUGUACGGACGUGCCGGCAGAUCUGGAGGCACUGGGAUACCCAGCCUUCAACUGCACGGCCUGCCCCACCGGGUACGAGCUGGACACCGAGGAAAACAAAUGUGUGGACGUCGACGAAUGUACUAGUAACACGACCAGCAACCUCUGCACCAGUAUUUGUAUCAACAAUAUGGGUUCCUACAUAUGUGAUUGCUAUGACGGCUACGUGAAGAACGGCACAUACGACUGUGCGGACAUUAACGAGUGUACAGAGCAGACAGACAAUUGCACACAGGUGUGUGCUAAUAUACCUGGCAGUUUUACCUGCUCUUGUAUUGAAGGCUAUGAACUGCGGCCUGACGGAGUCACCUGCUUUGAUGCAAACAACACUUGUGCCAGGUAUAGUCUGAACUGCUCCGAGAUCUGCUCGGCUGAUAUCGGGAACGGACAGCCAGGGUGCGCGUGUCCCCAAGGUUACACGAUCUCCCCAGCUGACAACAGCACAUGUGACGAUAUCGACGAGUGUACCCUAAACACGGACACCUGCAGUCACACGUGUAACAACACAGACGGAGGCUACACAUGUUCCUGUCCUAGCGGGUUCACCCUCGGUUCUGAUAAGAGAACGUGUCAAGAGUGUGCCCUACCCAAGUACGGCGACAAGUGUUCGUUCACGUGCGACUGUGGCAGCCGGGCCUCUGUAUGUGACAACGUAGUGGGCUGUACCAACUGUACGGACGGCUGGACUGGCGACCAAUGCAGGACGGACGUAGACGAGUGCGCACUGGGCACGGCUAACUGUGGGAGUGGCGCCAAUUGUACCAAUACCAACGGCAGUUAUAUCUGUCUGUGUGGUGAUGGGUACUCGAAGGUGCAAGGGUCCGAUCCUAAUGUCCCCGGAUAUUGUGUUGACUUUGACGAGUGUAACGACUCCGAGAGCCCUCCCUGCAGCCCCACAGCGACUUGUAAUAACACUGUUGGCAGCUUUGUGUGUUCCUGCACCCCGGGUUAUGUCGGCAACGGCACGUACUGUGAGGACAGCAACGAGUGCCUGGCGGGGACAGUGUGCCAGGGGAGUGGGGAGACGUGUGAAAAUACGGUGGGCAGUUUCUUCUGUUCCUGUCUGUCCGGCUACAACAGAGUGGCCGGAGUGUGUCAGGAUGUAGACGAGUGCGCCCAGGGUACACACAGCUGCCACCAGUAUGCCACGUGUAACAAUUUGCCAGGUAAUUACAGCUGCUCUUGUAACGCUGGCUUUACCGGUAACGGAGUCUUCUGCUCAGAUGUAAACGAGUGCAGAAAUCUUACCAUAUGUGGCACUGGGGAAGGUUCUACGUGUAAUAACACCAUUGGUGGAUACGAAUGCUCGUGCAGAACCGGAUAUUACGUCAAUGGUACAGAGUGCGCAGACAUUGACGAAUGUGUUGACGUGAAUUAUAACAACUCGUGCCACCAGUAUGCCACCUGUGCCAACUUCCCGGGAAGAUUCACCUGCACCUGUGACGGCGGAUUCACAGGGAAUGGGACAUAUUGCGAAGACGUCGAUGAGUGUAAUGGCACCAACCCAUGUAGUAACGGCGGCAACUGUACCAAUACCAUCGGUUCUUACGCCUGUGUAUGCCCAGAUGGGUACACCGGUAGCUUAUGCGGAGUCCAGGUUAUAACCUCAUCUAGUUCAGUUCAAAGCUCAACGGCUUCGAGUAGCGUUUCUGAACCAGUAGGUACAACUGGGCAAUUGGUUUCGACUGCCCUAUCAGUUUCCACCAGUUCAUCUGUUGGGGUCAUUGUUUCUUCAAGUGCUUCGGAUACCUUCACGACAUCCUCAGGUCUGGUAACACCAACCUCUACAAUAUCUGCAACAACACCAGGAAGUUCUGCCGAUCAGAGUACAGCAUCCUCGUCUUCCAGCGCGACAGUUUUGUCCAGCAUCUCUGAAGCAACAGUGGCGACAUCUAUCAGCCAAGUCACUGUGUCGUCCACAGAUCUUGCAGCAAGUUUGUCCGCAGGGAUAUCGACUUCGCAAAGUACAUCUCCAACAGCUGGAGUGGUCUCCACAGGCCUGUCGUCUCUGGCGCCCUCUACAGUUCAGGUAACAGAAACACCCAUAAUUGUAGACUCAUCAACAAGUACCGCUGUAGCGUCUAGUGCUUUGGACACACUGCUUACAUCUGUAACAGAUCAGACUAUAUAUUCAACAACAAUACUUUCAACAAGUUCAUCUGUUUUAUCGUCAGAAGCUUUACUAACUUCACCCACAGAACAAGUUUUGUUGGAGUCAACUCAAACGUUGACUGCUUCAAUGCUAAGCACGCUUAGUGUAUCUAGUGUUUCGGGAACGGUAGUAGCAUCAAUAGCAGAGUCAGUGCAUGUUAGUGAAACAUCAGUGAUUACGUCAGUUGAAACAUCGGCUGCUGCAAGUGCUUCUGAAACAUUACUAACCUCAGCAACAGGACCAGUCACUGUGACAUCCUUUACUUCAUCGGUAAGUUCAGCAGUAAGUGUAGCAGAGUCAACAAGCAUGUCUGUUCCAUUACUAUAUACGGUGACGGGUAGUGUAGAAUCUAGUGCAUCCUCGGCCAGUUUGUCCGAGUCAGUGUCCUCAAGUGCCUCUGGAAUAUCUCUAGUGUUAACAACAGCCACGACGGAAUCCGCCACUUCAACAGAUCGGUUAGUUGAAACGUCAUCCAUAUCAAGUUUCGUUUCACGUGAAUCUCCUUCCACUAGUGUACCAUCAACGAUAAUAACUUCAUCAACGGACCAGGAAGUUGAAACGACAUCCACAUUGAGUUUCGUUACAAGUGAAUCUUCUUUCACUAGUGUAACACUUACGAUACUAAAGUCACCAACAGAUCGGGUAGUUGAAACGUCAUCCAUACCAUCGAGUUUCGUUACAAGUGAAUCACUUUCUGCUAGCGGAACUUCAACUAUGCUAUCCUCAUCAACGGAUCAGGUAGUUGAAACAGCAUCCAUAACACCAAGUUUUGUUACGAGUGCAUCUCCUUCUGCUGGCGUAACGUCAACGAUACUAACCUCAUCAACAGAUCAGGUGGUUGAAACGUCAUCCAUAUUAUCAAGCUUGCUUACAAGUGAACCUCCUUCCUCUAGUGUUACGUUAACGAUACUAACGUCAUCAACUGAUCAAGUAGUUGAAACAGCAUCCAUUACACCAAGUUUUGUUACUAGUGCAUCUCCUUCCUCUAGCGUAACAUCAGCGAUACUAACGUCAUCAACGGAUCAGGUAGUUGAAACGUCAUCAAUACCAUCGAGUUUCGUUACAACUGAAUCACUUUCUGCUAGCGGAACUUCAACUAUGCUAUCCUCAUCAACGGAUCAGGUAGUUGAAACAGCAUCUAUAACACCAAGUUUUGUUACAAGUGCAUCUCCUUCUGCUGGCAAUACGUCAACGAUACUAACCUCAUCAACAGAUCAGGUGGUUGAAACGUCAUCCAUAUCAUCAAGCUUGCUUACAAGUGAACCUCCUUCCUCUAGUGUUACGUCAACGAUACUAACGUCAUCAACUGAUCAGGUAGUUGAAACAGCAUCCAUUACACCAAGUUUUGUUACUAGUGUAUCUCCUUCCUCUAGCGUAACAUCAGCGAUAUUAACGUCAUCAACGGAUCAGGAAGUUGUAAUGAUAUCCAUAUACUCUAGCUUGCUAACAAGUGAAUCUCCUUCCACUAGCGUAAAUUCAACUGUGCUAACGUCAGCAACGGAUCAGGUAGUUGAAACGACAUUCAUAUCAUCUAGCUUGCUUAUACGUGAAUCUCCUGCUAGCGUAACUGCAACUAUAAUAGCCACAUCAACGGAUCAGGAAGUUGUAACGACAUCCAUAUCAUCAAGUUUCGUAGCUGGCGAAUCUCCUUCCUCUAGCGUUACGUCAACGAUGCUAACGUCAUCAACGGAUCAGGCAGUUGAAACGACAUCCACAUACUCUAGCUUGCUUACAAGUGAAUCUCCUUCUACAAGCCUAAGUUCCACUAUACUAACGUCAUUGACGGGUCAGGUAGUUGUAACGCCAUCUAUAUCAUCGAGUUUUGUUACAAGUGCAUCUCCUUCCACUAGCGUAAAUUCAACUGCACUAACGUCAUCAACGGGUCAGGUAGAUGAAACAUCAUCCAUAUCAUCAAGCUUGCUCACAAGUGAAUCCCCUUCUAGUAGAGUAACAUCAAUGAUACUAACGUCAUCAACGGAUCAGGAGGUUGUAACGAUAUCCACAUACUCUAGCUUGCUUACCAGUGAAUCUCCUGUUGGCGUAACGUCAACUAUGCUAUCGUCAUCGACGGAUCAGGUGGUUGAAACAGCAUCCAUAUACUCUAGCUUGCUUACAAGUGAAUCUCUUUCCACUAGUGUAAAUUCAACUGUACUAACGUCAGCAACGGAUCAGUUAGUUGUAACAUCAUACAUAUCAAGUUUGGUGCCAAGUGAAUCUCCUGCUAGCGCUACUUCAACUAUACUAACCUCAUCAACGGGUCAAGAAGUUGUAACGACAUCCAUAUCAUCAAGUUUUGUGCCAAGUGAAUCUCCUUCUACAAGCCUAAGUUCAACCAUACCAACGUCAUUGACGGAUCAGGUAGUUGCAACGACAUCAAUAUUAUCAAGUUUUGUUUCAAGUGAAUCUCCUUCUGCUGGCGUAACUUCAAUGAUACUAACGUCAGCAACGGAACAGGUAGUUGAAACGACAUCCAUAUACUCUAGCUUGCUUACAAGUGAAUCUCCUUCUACAAGCCUAAAUUCAACCAUACUAACGUCAUCCACGGAUCAGGUAGUUGCAACGACAUCCAUUUCAUCAAGUUUCACUUCAAGUGAAUCUCCUUCUGCUAGCGUAACGUCAGCGAUACUAACGUCAUCAACGGAUCAGAUUCCAGAUGUGUCCACUGUAUCAUUAGCAAGUUCGUCAAUAGGUGGAACUGGCUCAUUCAGCCCCUCUGCAGCACAAUCUGCGACAGACCAAGCUAGCACGGCGCCGUCUGUUUCGUUCACUGCUUCGUCCACUGAUUCUGGGGCAGCCUCUUCGUCAGCGCAAGACACAUCAGCGUCCUUAACAUCGUCUGUUGCCGUAGUUGCUUCCUCGACUGAUUCUGUAGCAGUCUCUUCGUCAGCUCAAGACACAACGGCGUCCUCAACAUCGUCUGUUGCCGAAGUUGCUUCUUCGACUGAUUCUGUGGCAGCCUCUUCGUCAGCUCAAGACACAACGGCGUCCUCAGCAUCGUCUGAUGCCGUUGUUGAUUCCUCGACUGAUUCUGUAGCAGCGUCUUCGUCAGCACAAGACACAUCGGCGUCCUCAUCAUCGUCUGUCGCCGUAGUUGCUUCCUCCACUGAUUCUGUAGCAGUCUCUUCGUCUGUUGCCGCAGCUGUUUCGUCCACUGAUUCUGUGGCAGCCUCUUCGUCAGCUCAAGAGACAUUGGCAUCCUCAACAUCGUCUGUUGGCGAAGUUGCUUCCUCGACUGAUUCUGUAGCAGCGUCUUCAUCAGCUCAAGANGACACAGCGUUCUCAUCAUCAUCUGUUGCUGCAGCUGUUUCGUCCACUGAUUCUGUGGCAGCUUCAUCGUCAGCUCAAGACAUAUCAGCGUCCUCAACAUCGUCUGUUGCCGUAUCUGCUUCGUCCACUGAUUCCGUGGCAGCCUCUUCGUCAGCUCAAGACACAUCGGCGUCCUCAACAUCGUCUGUUGCCGUAGUUGCUUCCUCGACUGAUUCUGUGGCAGCGUCUUCGUCAGCUCAAGACACAACGGCGUCCUCAACAUCGUCUGUUGCCGAAGUUGCUUCUUCGACUGAUUCUGUGGCAGCGUCUUCAUCAGCUCAAGACACAUCAGCGUCCUCAUCAUCGUCUGUUGUCGCAGCUGUUUCGUCCACUGAUUUUGUGGUAGCGUCUUCGUCAGCUCAAGAGACAUUGGCGAUCUCAACAUCGUCUGUUGUCGUAUCAGCCUCAACGACUGAUUUUGUGGCAGCCUCUUUGUCAGCUCAAGAGACAUCAGCGUCCUCAACAUCGUCUGUUGCCGCAGCUGUUUCCUCCACUGCUUCCGUGACAGCUUCCUCGUCAGAUCAAGACACAUCGACGAUCUCAACGUCGUCCGUUGCCGUAGCUGCUUCGUCUUCUGUAACACAACCCUCAUCAUCGGAUCAGGUCACGUCAACGUCGGUCACUGACCCAUUAAGCAGCCCCGUUGCAGUUACCUCGUCCAGUUCAACUGCCUUUGGCACAACGGCUGUGGCUUCUUCCACUGCCAUAGCCAGCAGCAGUAUAGAAACCACCACUCCCGUGGACUAUUGCGCCGGCUCGCCAUGCCAAAAUGGAGUAACAUGCCAGAGUCUUCAGCAGGGAUUCAGCUGCAUCUGUGCCAGUGGUUAUGUAGGCAACACCUGCGCCGUUGUUGAUCGCUCCUCUCUGACCUAUAACUAUGGUGCGGCAACAGGAGAUGCUUCCAUCACCGGAGAUGAUGUUACUUCCGGGCGCAUAACUGCAACGACUGGCUUCAUAAUGGGACAGAAUUCCCACAAAUAUGCUUAUGUGAGCACCAACGGUCUGAUUUCCUUCGAUGGCGCAUACCUAAGCUACACGCCGAAGUCAUUCCCGCUGACCUCAACAUACGCCUCUUCACUACCCAUAGUGGCAGCGUACUGGGCCGACAUCGAGGCUAUCGGAGACCCAUCUGCUGUAUACUACAAGGCGUAUGACUAUUACAACGACUAUAACACCAACUUAAAUACCAGAUAUACCAUAGACCGUGCGACGGCGGAUGUAAGGAAUUAUACCGGCACGGAUUCGUUCUCUGCGAAAUGGGUGCUGGUCGCCACGUGGGUGAACUGUCCUCCCAACCCCAGCAGCCGGUACGCCGGGGUGGAGAACGUGACGUUCCAAGCCGUGCUUAUCACCGACGGGGUCCACUCCUACGCCUACAUUAACUAUGUGCCUGGUGCCAUAACCAUAACUCCGUCCUCCAUCUUCAAGACAGCUAGGGUGGGGUUCACAGACGGAGCAGGCUAUAACUUCGAGCCUUACGUAUCAGGGACGGCUGCCAUGGCAACGGCUGAUAACGUCGUUGGGAACACAGGUGUCCAGGGGGUCUGGUGGUUCAGACUACAUUCCGUGUCCUCGGACUACCCUAACUACGACUCCCUCUGCAAGGACUGGGCCAGCCAGCAGAAGACCACGGAGGCGGCCCUGGGUGUUCAGCUGUCCUCCCUCAGCAGCCGAGUCCUGGCGUGUCCUUGCUCACUGACGGGGGCACUGCUGGAUAGAAGAUAUAGAUAUGCAUCGCGGACAGACCCUGCCUACAGCGGUGUCUUGUGCUUCACUACCCGCUGGCCGAGGUUUGUCCGUGGAUAUCUGUCCGGCCAGGAGUGUUGUUAUGACCUGAGCACGUGGUCACUGAUCACCACAGAGAACUCGGUCACCAGCGGUUCCUUCCAGUUGUACCAUGAGCGGUUCCAGAGCCGUGCCUACACUGAGAACGACUAUCUCCCAAAACAGUACUGCUGUGCUCUGUCAGACAACUGUGGAGUCUACUUCCAGUACAGACCCAAUGAUAAAUGUACUUCGUACAGGCCCAUACGUUGGUCUUGGUUCCGUGGUGACCCUCAUUUCACGACACUAGAUGGCGUUACUUAUACCUUCAAUGGCCAUGGUGAAUACCAGCUGCUCAACGCGGGCAAUGGGGCGUUUAUUAUGCAGACCCGUCUAGAACCAGUUUCCUCGAGUCAAGGCACAACUGUGAAUGCAACCAUAUUCAGCGCUUUUGCCGCCAAGGACAGCGACUCCUCCCGCCUGCAUGUACAGCUGACACAAGAUAAACAAGACAUGGCGGUGUAUGUCCAGAGUGACCUCGUGUCCCCUACACUGCUCCAGACCGGAAGUGCCAGCUUCAACAACCUCGAUCUGGAGUACAAUGAUACCACCAAGACGCUGCUGGCAAGCUUUGGAUCGGGCGUCACGGUCAAUGUGACGAAAGGCGUAGGACUUCUCAUGUUCGCUGUGGUCGUUCCCGAUGAGUAUCAGUCGAACACCACCGGUCUGAUGGGCAACUACGAUGGCAAUGUCAGCAAUGACCUGGAGGCUAGGAACGGGACCAUCCUGGCCAGCAACGCCACCGAGAGUGACAUCUACAAUUAUUUCGGGGAAACCUGGCGCAUUUCCCAAGCAGAAUCCAUAUUCUACUAUGCGUCCGGAUACUCCACGGUGAACUACACCGACACCAGCUUCGUCCCGACAUAUUCCGAGGACCUCCAGUCCAUCUACGGGAACACAAAGUACCAAGCAGCGGUCAGCAAGUGUGGAAGCGACCUCCAGUGCCUCUAUGACUUCCUGCUUACGGACAACGAAGCACUGGCCAACAGCACGAAAAGCUUUGACGAGACCAGUAAAGCGACAAGUGUAGAAGCAGAAAACCGAAGCCCGAACAUCACAUCUGCCCCAGUCGGACCUAUACAACUGACGGUCAACCAAGUAGGCUCGUAUACUAUAGAGUUUGUUGAUCCAGACAGCGGCGACACUGUUACUCCAAGAAUAGCGUACAGCAUCAGCGAUUCCAACAUCACCACACUGUCAGCGACAUCUGUCCAGGUGAACGUGAACCCUACCAGUACCAGUAUUACACAGCCUGUAGGUCUGAUACUGACCGAUAACAAAGGCGGUUCUACCACGUGGACGGUGACAGCUGACCUUUGCUCUGGCUGCAGUAACAGAGGCAGCUGUCUGUUUAACCAGCUACGAGCAGGACAACUAGUGGACGCCAGUGUCCGGUUGGUGGAAUGUGAAUGUGACACGGGGUAUACUGGUAAUGACUGCGAACAGGAGGUCGAUGGAUGCGCCAACAAUCCAUGCCCCGCAGUGGCCAACUGCACUGACUUGACGCCUGCGCAGGAAGUCGCCCAAAACAGGAGCUUCAUUUGCACGUGCCCAUCUGGCUAUGAGACCCUUGGCUCGAAAUGCAAAGACAUUGACGAAUGCCUAAGCGACAGCAGUAACACGUGCAACGCCUCCAUCUCUACAUGUGCCAACACGGACGGCUCGUUCUCUUGCACGUGUAACACCGGGUACAGGAACACCGACACGCAGACGUGUACUGACAUAAACGAGUGUACCGCCAGAACAGAUGGCUGUCAGCAGAUUUGUACCAAUAGCAUAGGCAGUUUCACCUGUUCCUGCCAAACUGGGUACAAUCUGAACAGUGACGGCAAGACGUGCACGCUUACAGAUGCCGCGGUGUGUGCCAGCAGCUCUUGUGUGUCUCCAGCCUCUUGUUACAACAACAAUGGCGCCGCAGCUUGCUUCUGUCCCCCUGGUUACAUCCUUCUGAGUGAUGGUGUCACAUGUAAUGACAUAGACGAGUGCAGCACGGACAACCAGUGCAGCCCGACAUCUGCCUGUGAAAACACACAAGGCAGUUACACAUGCGCGUGCGCAGUAGGUUUCCGGCUUGAGGCUGACAUGAGGACGUGCACAGCAUGCGAUUCCUUGCACUGGGGUGCCGGCUGUUCCAAUCUCUGUGACUGCAGCGCACGCUCCACGCGCUGUGACAGCGUCAUCGGCUGUACCGACUGUGUCCCUGGAUACGAGGGUCAAAACUGUAACAACGACAUAGACGAGUGUGCCCUGAAUGCGACUUUAUGUGGUGUGAAUGCCCAAUGCAGCAACACACAGGGCUCUUAUGACUGCACAUGUUUAGCGGGAUAUACUAAAAACAGUAAUGGAGUGUGCAUAGAUAUCAAUGAGUGUGCUGCCGCCACUGACGGUUGUGAACAGGUGUGUAAUAACUCACCUGGCAGCUACACCUGUGGUUGUAACCCCGGGUACACCUUGACCAACUCCACACACUGCACAGACGUAGACGAGUGUCUCCUUCAGACGGACAACUGUGACCACGUAUGUUCCAACACUGUUGGAAGUUUCAGGUGUUCUUGCUUCAACUCGGAUUACCAGUUGGCUCUCAAUGGAUACACCUGUAACAAAGUGGCGAAUGCUUCCCUCCAAGCUUGUAUUGAUGCCGGGCUGAACUGUAACCAGGGUUUGUGUAAUGCUACGGCAAGUCCACCCGUGUGUUUCUGUCGCAGUGGCUAUCAGCUACAAGGCAAUGAGACCUGUAUAGACAUUGAUGAAUGUGCCCAGAACCUGGAUGACUGUAACAGUAACACCAGCACAUGUAACAACAACGACGGCAGCUACACGUGUAGUUGUAAUAGCGGGUUCCUGCUGGAACAGAGUGACCAAAGGACUUGUAACGAUAUUAACGAAUGUGACACAACCAACAAUUGUGCUUCCAAUGCCCAAUGUACAAACACAUUUGGUUCCUAUACGUGCGCAUGUAACCAAGGCUACAGCGGUGACGGCCAAACGUGCACCAAUGUCGACGAAUGCUUGACCACGCCUUGCCAUACGAACGCCACGUGUAGGGACACCAUUGGUUCAUACACGUGCACGUGCAAUUCUGGAUUUUCUGGCAAUGGUCAGACGUGCUCGGACAUUGAUGAGUGCACGACGACCAAUGACUGUAGUCCUAACGCUGACUGUACCAACACUGUGGGAAGUUACACCUGUGCUUGUAAGAGUGCGUUUAUUGGAAAUGGAACGGAUUGCAAAGCCUUACAAGGCAUCAAAGUGAAAAUGGUCUUUGAUGAAGUUUAUUCGCCAACUAAAUACCAAACCGGAUCUGCCGACUAUCAAAUACUGUUGAGAACCCUCGAAGACUUCUACAGGAGCUACCCAGGCUUCUACCGUAUUGACAUAACGUCGAUAGAGAACGGUAGUGUUGUUGUCUACUACACCGUGCAGCUGAACACCACGGCUCCAGAGAAUGAGACGGAGACCAACCUUUCCCUGUACAUUCUCAAUGGAGUCCAGGCGGCCAACAACAGGCUUGUAGACCCAGGGACUGGGACAGCGACAUUUACGCUUCUCAGAACACCUGACUUGGUCAUAGGAAGUGUAACAGAUAUCGACGAAUGUCUGCGGAACAACGGUGACUGCGACAGCAAUGCUGCGUGCGCCAAUACUGUCGGCAGCUACACCUGUACUUGUAACUCGGGUUACCAUGGAAACGGCUUCAGAUGUGACAGAGACACAACGUACAGAGUCAAUAUGACGUUAGAUGUAGUUGACCCGACGCCGUACCAGAACCCUUCUUCUGCUGAACGCGUUAUCCUCACCAAGUCGUUGACGGGAUUCUAUCAGGCGUUCCCAGGAUUCAGAGAAGUUGUUGUUACUAACACGUGGCAUGGCAGUUUGAUAACAGAGCACAGCGUCCGUACGAACACAACCGGGGCUAAUCUGACAGCUCAUAGACAGGCCAUGAAGGAGUACAUCCUUACCAAGUUAAAGGCCUUGAGUUACGUCUUCAGCGAAGAGAAUGUCUACUUCCCCGUGCUUGGCACGCCCACUCUAGACGGAGUUGUACUGAAACCGUGUGAAGUGUUCGGAUGUCAGAACGGGGGACAAUGCGGCACUGGCAACCGUGGAUACUGCAGAUGCCAGGUAGGCUUCAGUGGCGACCUCUGUGAGACCAAGGUGGGACUGACCCAGGACGAGAUCGCCAUUGUAGCAGCCAGCACUGUGGGCGGAGUGGCGCUGAUUGUGGCCAUCUGCAUUCUCAUAGCUGUCAUCGUCUACAAGAAGAAGAAGGCCCGCGAGGAGAAGCUAAAGCGAGGAAGCAGAUGGCGCAACUACCUCCACGACUCCUACGGUCCGGCUACAGGUAUCUUCCACCCUAAGUACACCCCCUACUGGCAGCACCUGGGCCGGGGAGGUUUGGCCAGUACGGUGUCCGGCAGUAGUAGCCGGGGGUCAAGCUCGGGAAGCUCGAGGGAAGAUUACCUUCACAGAGACAGAUUCAAGUCCAUGAAUAUAUAUGAUAAUAACUGGCGUGGCGACCAGUCUGAUCCGGACAUAUUUGGCUGGGACACCCUCCUGACGGGCAGCCUGGACCCUGAGCGGGAGUUCAGGAUAUCACGGCCUAAACUGGCGGGAGGGAGAAACACGGCGCAGAUUCGACUGCGACCAGAGAGUAACGCUUAGCUGUACAGCAACCUGGCCACCACCACCCUGACCCCCCCCCCCCCCCCUUAAAUACAUGACAACACAUUAUCGUGGUGUACAAAAUAUUACUAUUCGAGAUUUUUUAUCGCAAAGUUCAUUUUUAAUAUUUUAACUAUAUCAAUGAAAAAAGACUUUUAAAAUAAAUGCAACUAUGAGAUUAUGUACAAAAUCUAAAACAUGUCUAAGAAUACUAAUGUACGGGCUUCCAGGUGUAAUAUAGUAAUAUAUUGAUGUAGAUAACCAUUAAGAAUAUUGUUCGUAGUAAUUAAAGAUAUCACAUUAAUCACAUAAUGUUUUCUAUUUAUCGCUUGUGCAAUACUUUUUCAUGAAAAAGGAUUGUACAUUCCGGGGAAGAAUCCCGUUUUAAGAGUUGAUAUUAAAAAGUUUUAUACAACAAAUAGAUAUUGUAAAUGAGCAUAUUAUUGUAAAUAAAGACAUUUGGUCCAUUUUUGAAUUGUU